UGUUUAUCUGAUUAUUUGGACACAUUCAUAACAAAAUGUUUCUCUAUGCUCUCACACUUCAACGAGCUAGCACAAUAACGCAUGCUGUCCAUGGGAAUUUUUCUGGCACGAAGCAGCAGGAGAUUGCCCUGUCUAGAGGAAAGAUUUUGGAACUUGUCAAACCUGAUCCAAAUACUGGAAAAGUUCAUACGUUGUUGACGGUCGAAGUUUUUGGCAUUAUUCGUGCUUUGAUGUCAUUUCGAUUAACUGGUGGUAACAAGGAUUAUGUCGUCUGUGGAACAGAUUCAGGAAGAAUUUGUAUUUUGGAGUAUAUUCCUAACAAAAACAAAUUUGACAGAGUUCAUAUGGAAACAUUUGGAAAGAGUGGAUGCAGAAGAAUAGUACCAGGACAAUAUCUUGCCAUUGAUCCAAAGGGAAGAGCAGUUAUGAUAGGUUCUAUGGAGAAACAAAAACUGGUGUAUAUCCUGAAUCGGGAUUCCGAGGCUCGUUUGACUAUUUCUUCUCCUCUGGAAGCACAUAAAGCUAACACACUCGUGUAUCACAUGGCUGGUAUUGAUGUAGGAUUUGAAAACCCAAUGUUUGCAUGUUUGGAAAUGGAUUAUGAAGAAGCCGAUAAUGAUCCUACAGGAGAAGCAGCACAACUUUCCCAGCAGACCUUAACAUUCUAUGAACUUGAUCUUGGACUGAACCACGUUGUAAGAAAAUACAGCGAACCUUUAGACGAACGUGCAAAUCAUUUGGUCACUGUACCAGGUGGUAACGAUGGACCUGGUGGCGUUCUUGUAUGUGCUGAAAAUUACAUUACUUACAAAAAUUUCGGUGAUCAACCUGAUAUCAAAUCUCCCAUUCCAAGAAGAAGAAAUGACUUGGAUGAUCCAGAGAGAGGAAUGAUGUUUGUGUGCAGUGCAACACACAAAACCAAAUCUAUGUUUUUCUUUCUGGUUCAAACUGAGCAAGGAGACAUUUUCAAGAUAACUCUUGAAACAGAUGAAGAUAUGGUGACUGAAAUCCGAUUAAAAUACUUCGAUACGGUACCUGUAGCAACAGCAAUGUGUGUACUGAGGACUGGAUUCCUGUUUGUUGCUUCUGAAUUUGGAAAUCAUGCGUUAUAUCAAAUUGCACAUCUUGGUGAUGAUGAUGAUGAACCAGAAUUUUCAAGUGCAAUGCCGUUGGAAGAAGGAGAUACAUUCUUUUAUGCACCUCGACCACUCAGAAAUCUUGUCAUGGUCGACGAACUUGAUUCUCUCUCACCAAUUAUGGCAUGCCAGAUUGCUGAUUUGGCAAACGAAGACAACCCACAACUUUAUGUAACGUGUGGCAGAGGUCCGAGGUCAUCCUUACGUGUAUUAAGACAUGGUUUAGAGGUGUCAGAAAUGGCUGUAUCAGAAUUGCCUGGUAAUCCAAAUGCUGUAUGGACAGUCAAAGUUACUGAAGACGAUGAGUUUGACUCGUACAUUAUUGUGUCUUUCGUCAAUGCAACACUUGUUUUGUCGAUCGGGGAGACUGUAGAGGAAGUUACAGAUUCAGGGUUUCUUGGAACAACCCCUACUUUAUCCUGCUCACUCUUGGGAGAAAAUGCUCUUGUUCAGGUUUAUCCUGAAGGAAUCCGUCAUAUCAGAUUUGACAAACGUGUUAACGAAUGGAAAGCUCCUGGAAAGAAGACUAUUUUAAAAUGUGCUGUCAAUCAGAGACAAGUUGUUAUUGCAUUGACAGGCGGGGAACUCGUAUACUUCGAAAUGGAUCCUAGUGGACAGCUCAACGAGUACACUGAAAGAAAAGAGAUGAGUAGUGAUGUAUUAUGCAUGGACCUUGGCAAAGUGCCUCCUGGUGAACAAAGAACAAGAUUUCUUGCAGUUGGACUGGCUGAUAAUACUGUCAGAAUUAUAUCGCUCGAUCCAUCAGAUUGUCUUCAACCUUUGAGCAUGCAGGCAUUACCAGCCACAGCAGAAUCAGUUUGCAUUAUUGAGAUGGGAGGCGGAGAAGAUGAAACCGGCGAACAAAGACCUUCUGGUGGUCUGGUACUGAAUAUCGGACUUCAGAAUGGUGUGUUGCUACGAACAACAUUGGAUAAUGUAACUGGUGAUUUAUCUGAUACAAGAACAAGAUAUCUUGGUACCAGACCUGUCAAAUUAUUCAGAGUCUCAAUGCAGGGUUCCGACGCAGUGCUUGGAAUGUCGAGCAGAACUUGGCUCAGCUAUCAAUAUCAAAAUAGAUUUCACUUGACACCAUUAUCAUACGAAUCACUAGAAUUUGCAUCAGGUUUUGCUUCUGAACAAUGUCCAGAGGGAAUAGUUGCCAUCUCUGCUAACACACUAAGGAUUCUGGCUCUUGAGAAAUUGGGAACUGUCUUCAAUCAAGUGUCAACAGGAUUGCAGUACACACCUAGAAGAUUUGUUGUUCAUCCCGAUUCAAAUCAUCUUAUUAUACUUGAAACUGAUCAUAACUCGUACACAGAAGAAACAAAGGACCAAAGAAAACAUCAAAUGGCUGAGGAAAUGAUUGAGGCCGCUGGUGAAGAAGAAAAAGAGUUAGCUCAAGAAAUGGCUGCUGCAUUUUUGCGAGAAGUUUUGCCAGAAGAUAAAUUCAGUUCACCGAAAGCUGGACCUGGAAUGUGGGCUUCACAAAUUAGAGUUCUAAACCCUUCCACGGGAGAGACCACUGAAAAAAUCUCUUUGGAACAAAAUGAAGCAGCUUUUAGCAUUGCCAUUUGUCGUUUCAAUAAUUAUGGAGAUCAGUGGUUUGUUCUUGUUGGGGUCGGACAUGAUCUUCAACUCAAUCCAAGACAGGUUAAAUCCGGUGAAAUCCACACUUAUAAGUUCAAUGAAGAAGGCACGUCAUUGGAACUUGUCCAUAAGACACCAGUUGAUGAAGUACCACAAGCUAUCUGUGCUUAUCAAGGAAGGGUAUUGAUUGGUGUUGGAAAAUUGUUACGUGUUUAUGAUCUUGGAAAGAAGAAACUAUUGAGAAAAUGUGAAAACAAGCACAUUCCAAAUCGCAUUGUCUCAUUGCACGCUAUCGGACAACGUGUUCUAGUUUGUGACAUUCAAGAAUCCGUGCACUGGGUUCGUUACAGAAGAUCGGAGAAUCAACUCGUUAUAUUUGCUGAUGAUACUUAUCCAAGAUGGGUUACUUCUGCUACUUUACUUGAUUACGGCACAGCCGCUGUCGGGGACAAAUUCGGGAAUAUUUGCAUUCUUCGUCUACCAUCCGAUGUGAAUGAUGAUGUACAAGAAGAUCCAAGUGGCACAAAAGCAUUGUGGACGAGAGGAUUGCUUAAUGGUGCAUCACAAAAGUGCGAUGUACUUUGUUCAUAUCAUGUUGGUGAGAUUGUACUUUCAUUACAAAAAGCAACUUUGAUUCCUGGUGGUUCGGAAUCUUUAGUUUAUACAACAAUAUCUGGUGGAGUUGGGAUGCUGGUGCCUUUCACUUCUCAUGAGGAUCACGACUUUUUCCAACAUUUGGAAAUGCAUAUGAGAAAUGAAUCAUCGCCGUUACUAGGUAGAGAUCAUCUUGCCUACAGAUCGUUCUAUUUUCCACUCAAGAAUGUUAUUGAUGGAGACUUGUGUGAAUUGUUCAACUCGAUGGACAGUGCCAAGCAGAACAGUGUUGCUGAAGAACUGGAUAGAAAUCCUGCCGAGGUUUCCAAAAAAUUGGAGGACAUCAGGACCAGAUAUGCAUUUUGAAGAAUAGAAGCAAUUCAAUUAACACAAAUAUACUGUGACGCUAUGAAUGUGUGCCUUGUAGCAACAUACCUCGCUAAACAAGCAUCAGAUUCCAAUGUUCUAAUCAAGAAUCGAAAAUUCGCUUGCAAACUUUAUCAGCUACCUUAAUAAAUUCUUUCGCCUGUAAAAAA